UGCGUGUUAUAACAGUGAGGGGACUGGGCUGUAUUGGCUCCCAGUGUGUGAGGCAAAGUGUUGUUAAUGGCAGGGUUAACUGGGCCCCCCAUGUGAACAAUGACGACAUACUUGGCCGAGUUUACUGGAUGAUAAAUCUGCUUAGGUUGCGUGCAGCGUGUUUGUGUGCGUGGCUGGCGAGGGUUUGUGUGUUUACACUUUUCCUACGACCGUGCUGUCCUACAGUCAUUGCUUGCGCUGCUGCGAUUGAGGGAGAGCCACCUUCGGGCUUUGUCGGGGGGUCCCAGGUCCACGUCUGCCAACGCCUCUCCGGCACCGUCUACUAUGCCACGCUCUUCGAUACUUACGGGCGACUGCCGGUCUACUCCGCCUUCCUUUACAAGUACCGAGCCCCGAAGGAACCUCGAGGGGAAGGGGUCGACCGCAGCUGGAAGUACGAACCUCAGCUGGCCGACCGGCAGGCGGACAGCAACAUGGCGGAGCUGACGGAGGCGGUGCGGAAGGACGCGGCUGUGCUCCGGAGCCAGGCGGUGGUGGCGGAGGAAGCCGGGCGGCGGACGCACGUCAAGGUGCUGCUGAACGCGGCCAACAUGCAGGGCAGCCGAGGCAGCCGCAGCGCCACCUACACCGUGACCAACGCGCUGGCCGUGCCGCGCCCCUUCUACCACCUGUGGAAGGUCGGCUUGAAGGGCGUCCUGGGCCGGCUGAAGGGGCAGUGCCAGGCCGCCGACCUGCACCUGGUGUCGGGCGCGGUGCGGAGCCCGCGGCGGGAGGAGAAAUGGUUGCCGGCCAAGGGUAAGGGCCGGGCGGCCAUGCCGCUGCUGCUGUGGGCGGCCUUCUGCUGCGGCGGCCGAGCCAGCGAAGCUCUGCUGGGCCACGCCCGGGGCUCCGGCUCCUUGACCGUAUCCGGCCUGACGCUCGGCCCCUACGAGACCAAGAACAUGCCGGUGGCGCAGCUGGAAGAGGUGCUGAUCUCCCGCAUGGGGCGCAGCAGGCUCCACAUCUUCAAGGACGGCUGCGCCCCUCCUACUUAGAUCGGCCGGCGCUCCUUCCUAAGCCGAGCGGUGCCACACCCGGAGACCGGGAUGUACCCUUCCCAGACCAGCCGGCCAACGCCGUCCCCUCGCCCACCCCGGUGCCAUACAACACGGCUCUCGCUGCAACACCCCUUCCAAUAAAGCGAAGACGGACGUAACGUGCAGGAGUACCUCAGCGGCACACAGGCAGCAUCACUGGAGAAACGGGCCCACGCCGUUCUUCAGUCAGUCUCGACCCAAAGCGUCCCAUUCCUGCUCUCCAGAUUUGCUGCCUGUUCUGCUGUGUUGCUCCAACAUUUUGUGUCUAACUUCGGUGUAAACCAGCAUUUUUGUAGUUCCUUCCUACACAUUCCAAUAAAGCAUGUAACACCAA